CGCCGGACGAAAGAUCACUUUUAUCAGCCGACGAUGGAAUCUGGAAAAGCAAGCGGAUUGGAUCGGAUUUCAUUCUGAGGUGUGUGUGUAUCAUGCAUGUCAUUCGUAUACUGAGCGUCUAUCUUUCAGAUGACACUCUACAGCUCAGAAGAAUACCUGAAGCCCCUACAAGGCGUUAUUGUUCCUCGCAUCAUUGGUGUCCACAUCUUGCCAGGGGCGAUCAGCAUUGCCAUGGAAUUACCCCAUCAAAGUUUUUGGAUGGAGGCCUCUCCGAGCAUGCCCGACGUCCUCAAGGAGCGUGCUAUGGAAGCACUUGAAAUGCUGCAUUCGCGAGGUAUCCUCCAUGGGGAUAUUGAACUUCGCCACGUUCUCGUUGGUGCGGAUGGUGCCGUAACACUCAUCGAUUUCCAGCUGAGUCGAAGUACCAAUCCUGACGAUUCCGUGGGCUUAGAGAAGGCGGAGGAUGAAGAGUUCCAUUUCGAGAAACGGUUGCUUGCAUUCAAGCUUGACCUCCAUGGUGCGCGUGCGCGUGAAUGCGAGAAGACGGAAGCUUUCGUACAGCGUACCAAGCGAAACAAACGGAGAGAUGAGUUGUGGAAGCGUCGAACCCAGGGGGCUCGCACGGGGUAUAUUCCGCCUUAUGAAGAGGAGCCUGAGGAGGAAAAGAUAGAACCGCCUGUUCACCCUGAUGACUUGCAGGAUACCUGGAUUAGGGGUUCAGAUGCCGUUCCAGCACGCAUUGUUGUUCCUGGACAGAGCACAGACGAGGUGAAGGCUGCUAUUCGGACAUUCCUCGAAACUCUGGCAGAACCAUGUCCUGACCGGGCCUCUUCACGACUACCUUCGAUUGGAGGCAGGGCAGAAGCAUCUGAGGCGGGCCCGUCGACAUCAUCGACUGCAGUCCAGGAAUCGUCACCCUCAUCUCCUAGGCGCAAGCGUUCUAGAGAACCUUCCCCCUCCCCCUCCCCCCACGCCUCUCUCGCUUCACUCGACUCACGACCCUCAAAACGCGUUCGUCAUGAAUCAGAACCCUCAUCGUCUACCAGUGUCUCCCGCAAUAAUCAUUCAAUGCCAGCAAUGCCCUGGGUCAAUCCUCGUGACCACGUGCACAUGUGGUAUUCAGAUCUCCCGGAUGAUGAUGAAGUUCCUCCCGCUCCCGUCCGUGUCCGACCUCUCUCCCAGACCGCCGAGCGUAUUCGGCAACAAAACAUUGAGCUUUGUCGUGAGGCCGGACUUCCCCAUGCUGAACUGGUCGAGAAGGGCGAGGUCUCACCAAUAAACACGAUUCGUCAUCGUCUGCUAGUCAAGAAACGUAGAGGCAUAGCACGAGGGAACCUAAUCCGAGAGCGGGAUCGGGACGGAUACUCGCCAUACGUCCACCAUAUAGAAAAGUCACAUCAACGUGAGCGCUAUCUCAGCCUGAAGCACGUGAAGAACGCGUACAUCGCAAGCUGUGCAGAUGUUCCCAACCUGUCAGGUAUCCCAAUGAAGGCAGGAGAUCGCACGCUUUCUACGUUGCUCCACAUGAACGAGCGCAAAGAUAUACCAGAAGGGCCCAGGAUCUUGCAGCUGGCAGAACACGAGCUCGUGCAGAAUGCCCGCAAACAGGCUGUCAUAGUCGCACCCCGCCGAGGGGUCCUAAAGAGACGAAGAGACGAUGAUCCAGUUCAGAACUUGCUGCCUCCGACAAAUUCCCCUAAUCCUGCAGUGCCUGUCGCUGAUACUAGCAGCACUAUUCCUCCACCUCGCAAGAAGGCCCGUGUCGCUGAUACUGGCAGCACUAUUCCUCUACCUCGCAAGAAGACCCGCAUCAGUGGUCGAUUCAGUAAACUACCCCUGUUCCGCCCAUCAGACCCUGGGUCAUCGGGGGCCAGCUACCAAGCAGAAAAUGUCAACCCUCUGCCUGACGGUCAUCUGGCUGGGCAUUGCUCGCCUUCAUAUCCUGCGCCGGGCAUCGAAUUCACUCCACCAUCAUGGCGCGGUCUGUCCCUUUGGAUGGGAUCAUUAAUGGGCUGGUCGCAUUGAAUUAUCUCGGAACAUUUCGUGGCGUUUGCCUUACUCAUACCCGGUUUUUCGGUUUUCGACUUUCUGUGUAAUCUGAUAUGAUUCAAUUGAGAAAUACUUUGCCCCGAGAAGCUUGUCGAGACCGAUUUUCGGAAGCUGUCAACUCUGC